UUAUCUAUUAUUAAUAUGAUAAUUAUCUUAUAAGUUUACUUAUUUUUCUCAAUCACCUGUGUUUUAUAUAUACGUACCUUUGUCUUUCAUAAUAACAAUGGAUACUAUAUUAAACAAAAUUUUAAAAGGACAGAUGGAAGAUGAUUCAUCCGAUGAAGAAGAUGAAAAAGCUAAAUUGGCUUGGCUCAUUGCAUCAGAUAGCUUAACCAUAAAAACUAAAUCUGAACUAGCUGAAGGACGUGCUCCGGCUGCUAACUACAACUUGAAUGGCCACAACUACACUAUGGGAUAUUAUCUUGCCGAUGGAAUUUAUCCUAAAUGGGCAACAAUAGUUCAGUCAAUUUCACAACCUCAAGGUUUAAAAAAUAAAAUAUUUUCAACCAAGCAAGAAGCAUGUAGAAAAGAUGUUGAAAGAGCAUUCGGAGUACUUCAAGCAAGGUUUGCGAUUGUCAAAGGACCUGCACGAUUUUGGAACCGUAAGGAUUUGGGAUUCAUUAUGAAAGCUUGCAUCAUUUUACACAACAUGAUUAUUGAAGAUGAAUAUGAUCAACCUAUGAAUUUUGAAUAUGAUGCGUCAGAAUUAUCACCUUCAAUUCAAGUGUCACAUGAGCCUACACUUCGUUUUCAUGAGUUUAUUGCCCGUCAUCUUAAGAUUCGAUCUUCUGAGCUGCAUUUUAAUCUACGAAAUGAUCUUAUUGAACACUUGUGGGAACAAUAUGGACAUGAAGAUUCUUAAAAUUUAGUUGAGUUUAAAUAAGUAUGACUCAGAAUUUUAAUUUUUAAUGUAGUUUUCAAUUUUUUUGGUAUUGUCUUUUUCAU